AUGGGCGGUGUCAAAUUUCCAGAAAGGAAGCUGCGCUCCUCGGUAUGCGGAGCUGUACAGCAACAUGUCCUCAGUUACAUGGGGACCCCUCUUCAAGGAGUUCGACCGGAUCAGGCUCCCCGCGCUGAUCCCAUGAACGUCUUCCAGAACAAGUAUGUGUCCUGGAACUUUAAGCAUUUGGGUUCGGAGUGCGGAACGGUCGAGUUUCGACGCCCACCGGGUGUUAAAGAUGCAAGAAGUGCCCUGUACUGGGUCGCUUUCACGCUUGGAUUCUUGGAGGGAGCCAUGGGUCAAGACUGGAGCAAUGUGAAGGAGGAGAAGACACAUGGGACAUUCCUCGAUCCUCGAAUUAUAAUACAUGGUGGCCUGAAGAGGCUGGGACCUACUUGUGCAGGGAUCAUUGAUAAUAUGGAUGAUAUUCGGGAAGAAAAAUCUCAACCCACGCCGGCCACACGGCAAGAGAAAGAAGUCAUUGCGGCGAAGAAGAGAGAAAAAACUUGA